CGGAAGUUGACACACUGUCUGAACCGUCAGUGAAUUAGGAUAUACUCUGAUUCAAGAAUGCCCAUAAUAAUCAAAGAUUACACGUGGAAACAAACAUCUGACAGUAUAACAAUACAAGUUCCACUGAGGAGCAGAAACUCCCCCAACGUUGACAUCAUUAUUGCGUCGAGAUACAUCAAAGCUUCUUACGAACAAACGUAUUUCGAAGCAAUCCUACUUGAACCUAUCGAACGAGCUGCUAGUAAAUGUACAAUCACUCCCACAGAAAUAAUUUUCGAAUUGAAGAAAACUGCAGAUGAGGAGUGGAACACUUUGGAACCAGAUAUACCGAAAGCAGAAAGACUACAGUUGAAAAAGGAACUUCUCGAGGAAUUUUACCAGGAAACCCAAAAGGAGUGCGAGGAAAAGCUGGGGAAAAACGCUGAGCUGAAACGAGUGGCGGUCAGAAAGCAAAUAGAAACGGAUACCUUAACUAGAAAUACUAUAGAAAAUAUCAGAAAGCACGAGGAAGCUACAGCUCUAGGAGACAUCGCAGAAUGGGAGAAAAGCAUUUCGAGAAACGCAAAAUUGCCACACCUGCGGAGAAAAGCAAUUAAACAGAAAUCUGAAAGGGUCGAAACUUCCGAACCCAUACAACCAAGAACCGCCAAAACUCUUCAAAUAGAAUUCACCCCACGAGAGUUUCCAACUCCCAGCAGGGAGUCGCGUCUAGAGGAGGAAAACGAGUGGUUGACGAAGCAAGCCGAAGCCCGCAGAUCAGCUGGGUUCGUUAGCGAAGACAUUAGGCCAGAAGAGAGGAACCCUCAGUUCAUCAAAGCUAAGGGGGACGAGUUUUUGAAGAACAAGAAUUAUUUGGGGGCAAUUAGCGCGUACAGCUUUGGAAUAAAAAUCAGCAAAAAUUUCGUCGACUUCUAUAUUUCCAGAGCUGAAGCACAUUUUGCAGUGGGCAACUUUCACAAAGUUCUCCAAGACUGCAGCUCUGCUAUAGACCUUCUGAAGCCUGAAUGUGCUUCAAAUUUGAAAGAGAGGGCACAGUGCAUAGGAAGAAGAGGUGAAGCAUUGUGCAAGCUUGGGAUGAAAAAACAAGGCACAGACGAGUUGAAAUUCAGCUUGAAACUAAUGAAAAAUGAUCACUUUCAGAAUGUUUUGGAAAAAGAAUCAUGUACAACUUAAACUAUUUAUUAAUUAACAUCUUAAUAUUAAACACUCAACUUGCA